UUUAAGUCGCGGCUCGUUUCUCCCAAUGAGCAAAAUGAUGUGAUAAAUUAAGAGAAAAUAUUGAACAACGUAUCACUAUUAUCAGCAUUAUUAUAGAGUGGUAGCUAGCGCCAAACAACGAGUGUACAAAGGUAUUCGUUUGCCAACCCUGCCCCCUCGGUUGGAAGAGUUUGUCAAAACCGGUACGAUCGCGUUUGAUCGAUAAGAAAAUCUAGUCCUGUGGCACAUGUGGGGGCAGUUCGUACGUUCACUUUCACCCAGCUUACUGAUAGUACCACGGUGUAGUGCCAGCAAUUACUUGUCCAAAGGUGUGUUCUUCUCAUCUCGCGUUACAAUGUCCUUGGAGGAGGCGAAAAGAUGUGCCGCGUACAAGGCGGUUGAUGAGUAUGUGAAGGAUAACACCGUCGUGGGAGUCGGAUCGGGCUCCACCGUAGUUUAUGCCGUGCAUCGCAUAGCGGAGCGUGUGAAGACAGAAGGCCUUAAGCUGAUUUGUAUUCCGACGAGCUUCCAAGCCCGACAGCUUAUCAUCGAGCAUGGAUUGAUGCUGGGUGAUUUGGAGUGCAAUCCUCAGCUGGACUGUGCUAUCGAUGGUGCGGACGAGGUUGAUGCCAACAUGGUUCUUAUCAAAGGUGGUGGGGGAUGUUUGCUACAGGAAAAAAUCGUAGCAUCCUGUGCCGAACGGCUAGUCAUUAUUGCGGAUUACACCAAGGACUCCGCGAAGCUUGGCCAGCAGUAUCGUAAAGGCAUUCCAUUAGAAGUAGCUCCGAUGGCUUAUGUGCCGAUAAAGAACAGAGUGGAGUUACGCUUUGGUGGCAGUUUGAAGCUACGAAUGGCGGUAGCAAAGGCAGGUCCUGUUGUCACUGACAAUGGGAAUUUCAUUUUGGAUUGGAGCUUCCCCGACAAUAAGCAGUAUGAUUGGAAUGCUGUUAAUCGGGAGAUCAUGAUGAUACCAGGUGUUGUAGAUACAGGGUUGUUUGUUGGAAUGGCAACGAAAGCCUACUUUGGGCAGAAGGACGGAACAGUGACUGAACGAAGCGGCUAAUUGACUGGUAUUCGAUUUUAUUUUAUUAUUAUUCCUAUGUAGGGGUUUUUGUAUCGUAAUAAAUAGAAAUGAUAUACAAGUCGAA